AUGACAAAAGGUGGGACUAGCCGGCCAGCUUGCGCUGCAUGCAAAUACCAAAGAAGAAAAUGCUCUCAACAAUGUGUGUUAGCUUCUUAUUUCCCAGCAGAUCAGCCCAAGAAAUUUCAAAAUGCACAUCGUCUUUUCGGGGUCCGUAACAUAGUGAAAACACUCGAGCAAUUGGAUGGUGACGAUCAAAAGGCAGAUGCCAUGAAAUCCAUCAUUUUCGAGUCCGAUAUGAGGGAGAAGUUCCCCGUCUAUGGUUGUGUUGAGUGUAUUCUUUAUCUUCGCCAACAGUUACAGCUUGCCUUACAAGAACGCGAGUAUGUAUACACUCAGCUUGCUAUCUAUAGGCAACAACAUUUAGGACUUUCGUCUAGUGAAACUAAUUCUGUUGGUAAUGGGAUCAAGACGGCCCCAUUCUCCUCUAGUGAUAGUGAAUCCAGUCAAGGAAUCACAUAUCCUGAUUUUGAUAAACAUAAUUCAUUGGCAUAUCCAACUUCCAAUCAUGUACUUAGAUUUGGGAUUCAAGAACAGCAAGAAGUCUCUCGAGACUUUGAGAGUCUAACCCUUUUCAAUAGUACUCUGGUCGAUGAUAAGUAA